UUUUUAAAUUGACUGUUGGAUAAGAAGCUGGGUUUGGGGUUUUCGUGUGGUUUCUAUCUCAUACACUUCAAAAUUCUUAAUAAAGUACAGUGAUUUGGGGGUUUGCGCGAUUUUUUCUUGGAAUUAGUUGCUACUAUAUAAAUGAAAUAAAUGUAGUCUAAUCUAUUUAACUACAAAGGGUCAAAUGUUUCAAAUCGAUAUUAUUGUAAAGCUUGAUGAGAAAUCCCUGUGAAUACACUUUCGCUAGAUAUAAGCCAUGAAUUACCUGGGAAAAUUAUUGAAAUGGUACAGAUAACUGUUACUAGCUUUCUAGAUACAAAAAUAACUCAUUCCAAAUAAGCUUGCUGAACUCAUUUUUGCCAACCAUAAAAGCUCGUUACGGCACCUUUUAACUCUUCAAAAAGUUUAUUUUUUAUGCUCUGUAUAAAAGUGAGAACACAAUAUAUGAUUGAGUCGGUGGAUAUAUGGAUCGAAAUAUUUCUAAGUAAUUUCUCUAUAAGUUGCUGUCUAAGAAUAAAGCUGUUUUUGUCGUCAGCAAAUAUCAUUUUCUAUUGUAUUGAAGGUAAUUAUUUAUAUUUUUUCAGAGGAGUGAAAGAACCUUAGAAUAAAAGCCUUUUAGAAACAGAUAGUAUACGUUUUGGUAUACCUGAUGAGUUACAGAUGCUAUUUAUACUAUUAAUAUUGUUGUAUAUUAUGCCUGAUAUAUAGACUGGCAGUAGGCUUUCGGAUUUAUCAAAGGUAACAGAGGCUGAAAUAUACUAGUGAAUUAAAGGUUCGCCGUAUUGAUUUUGAUAAACAAUGAAUUAUGAGAAAAUUAUAGUUGAGCUAAUAACAGCAGCUAAUUGACACAAAAGUGUAGAUCAAUAAUAGUUUGUACUGUGAAUGAGUGACAACAUAUAGUGUCUAUUAACUGCAUUUAUUUUGUGACAUGAUUUUGUAGUUCUUCUUAAAUUUUACUUGUUAAGCAUGCACCCUAGUUUCGGAGCUACUUUUUGAGUUUCAUGGGGAUGCCAAACUAUUCGAAGAUGUGCCUAUUUCAGAUGACUAACUUUUCGAAAUGGUAUGAUUUGUGAUAACGACAUCAACUUCUGACUGUGCCUUUUGUAUCAGGAUUUUGCGGCUUCUUUUCCUUCACAGCUUUUCGUGCUUUAAGAGAUGAAUCCUCUAAUUAAUAUUUAUCAGUAAAAGUCAAAGAGAAUUUUUUCACUUUCGAAUUUAUUUGACUGUAUACAGAUUACUCUAUGAUUACUAAUUAAAGAAAUCACACUGGACGAAUGUCACACAGGCUUUUUGAAAGCAAAUAUUAGGCUGAACGAAUGAGAACCAUGGUGAAUUAAUUUAUCCGAUAAUGCAUACACCGAAGGUCAGUUAAACGGAAACCACUUGAGACGAAUGUGAUUUCAAUUUCGAGUUUCCAUUAAGACUAUUUGAGAAUUAAUAUGUCCAACAAGAAAAUUCCUGAAUAUUUAUUGGUAUAACGUUUUGCACGUUUGGGAAGUACAAGAUUAUAAUGCACUUAAAAGCGACUAGGAAUAAUUUUUACCUGCGAGUCGAAAUGAUGAUAAACUUUAAUCCAUACACUGUCAAAAUGAUUAUAUUUUGAUUAUUGACGCACUUCUGCGAAUAAGAUAAUGUAUUUAUAAAUAAUUCAUAUAAGAGGGCGACCUUAGCUAAACAAUCGUUGAAAAAUCAGAAAGCACUUAUGGGUUGAUAUCAUAUCUUAACGAAGUAGUGCAUGUACAUCAACAAUCAAAGAAAUUGUGUAUUUGCUCUCAUUUAUUAUUCAACUUUUCCGGAUUGUUACUCGUUAGUUUACGUAGCACCUGCGGUGAAUGCUCAUGUGGUUAUACUAAUUACAGUAAGAUUUGAAUGAACAGUUUACUGAUACCUCAAAUUUAUUUUGAGCAAUUCUAAUUACCGUAAUAAUUUAGAGAUCAAGGUAACGCUCUGAGAUUACUAACAUAAUGUGCUAAUGUUGCAAAGUAGGAUGUAGAAUUUAAAUCGAUAGAAUUGUUAAUGGGAUUAAAGUGAUUUCAUGCUUAUACUGUAUUUUAAUAAUGUUUGUUAUGCAUAAUCUUAUUUGUCGCAUAAAUAAUAUUUUGUUUGUAAAAGGUAGUCUGAAAUUCUUCAUACUUUGGAUUGAUCAUGUUGUCCUUCCAUGUUAGAUCUGAAUGCAGAAUAUUUUGUUAAUUAAAUGAAGAUAUCCUUUCAGUUACCGUUUUUGUUUUAUUUCAGAAUUGAUGGAACCUCCACCUAGAUUAUAUACUUAUAAGGGUUUAUUCACUGAAAGUCGGUCACUGGACUUAACACUAAAAAUUGUGUCGACUAUACUGUCUUUUCUAGUCUUUUUAUUCUUACUAGCUUGGCGUAUUUCAAAAAAAGUAAGUAAUUGUGAUUCUCCAAUUAAAAAUUUGAAGCAUUAUAAUAAUCCUCCGAUAGAUAAGCGUUUAUGUUUUCACAGUUUCAAUGAUCUAUGCCAAAAUGGAUCAUUCCGCUUGACAUCAUUCUAUGCAUCUAGAAGACAAAAGUUUCCCCUGGUAAGGGGUUACUUAAAUAAACAAAAUGUCAUUUUUGUUGAAGAUUGGAAAUUAAUCACUCUUUAUGACCGAUAUCCUCUGUUAGAUCUACACUAUUCCUUAGCUCCAAAAUCAUUCCGACGGAAAUGGUGUGGCUUAAUGAUUGCUGAUGAUACUUUACAGUUUAGAUCUGAAUUGAUUGAGCUGGUGUUGUUGGCCUUCAAUAGUUUACCAAUUAAGAUAUUCGAACGUAUCGGCCAUUUAGGAGCUGAUCCUCAAUCACUUGGCUCUAUAUUAGUUAGUACUAACAACUGUGCAAAAUCUGAAAAACGUUUAGACAUGUGGAUAUGUAGUGUGUAUUCAGAAGUAUUUUUUUUCGGUCCAUCAGAAAUUUUUUGCGAAACUGCUUCAGACAAUACAUUUUGUUUUGGAAAAGAAAAAUUCAUUUUAGAUCUAAGAAAAUGCAUAAUCUCACUGGAAUCCUUACAUACACAUGGGAACUUUAUAAAAAAGUCUAAUGCAUUUAAAGCAAUCUUACAGUCAUUUUCCAACAACCCAUCAUCUCAUAAUACGAAUGAGUUAAUAACUACGUUUCACAGUCUUAUAUAUCCCUUAAUUCAUUAUUAUUUGGAUAAAUUUCUGAAUAGUGAAAUAAAAGAAAAUAUUAACAAUUCAGAUGGUAAUCUAGAAUAUUUACAAACAAGCGAGAAACCAACAAAUCUAUUAUUACAACUCAUUAAUACAUAUCAUUAUUUGAAAGAGGAAGGAAGUUCCAACGAAUUCCUAACAUUAACACAUAUUAUUCAUUUACUUGGUGAAUGUUGUUUAAUAACUAGGUAUAUAAUGAAUAAGACUUUAAAAACUCUAUUGACAGUUCUAGCUAUUAAACCAAAAUGGCAAGAUAAUGUAAGAAAAGAAUGUAAACAGUUUUUAGAAGCCCAAUAUAAUCAUAAAACACAAAAGUCUACAUCAUUAUGCAGCCAUUCUAUAUCACAUCUUUGCAUGUCUUUGGAGCACACACAAUGUUUGGUUUGGACAAAGGCUUUAAUUCAAGAGACGCUGCGUUUAUGUGUACCUGGUUGGCCAUUUGGUUGUUUACGUCAAGCCCUCCGCGAUGGGGAAAUACUAAAGCAAGACUUUGCUGAAGGAGAAUUAGUGCUUUUUGAUGAGCCUUCCUACUACUCAGAUCCAGAUUUAUGGGCUGCUGAUGAGAAUGGGUCUACCAAAUAUCAACCUCACAGAGUAUUUGAUCCAAAUCGCUUCAUUGAAAAACUACCCACUGCAGGAAAUUCGACAAUGUUGGAGUUAAGUUUACCUGUACAUUGGGCACACAAUGUUUUUCGAAGAUACACUGUAUGUGUACCCUAUCAAUUCAUUUAUCUUAUGCUGACUACAACUUUGGUACAUUUUUUCGGAACUGCUUGGGAAUCAUAUCUAACAGAUGAACAAAUCAAACCUGAUUACACUGACGAUUUUUUAAUGUGGUCCAAUGAUUUACCUAAAGCUGAUCUUCGAAUCAAUUUUCCUUAAUGGCUCAUGAUGCUUGAAUUAAGCUGAAUAGGCCAGUAAAAUGUUUAUUUCAUAAAUAUACAAAAUUUUCCCUUA